GUCUUUCUUCUUCCGUUCUACAGUGCAAUUUUUUUUUCUCUACUUCUUUCUCUGCUACUUUGUUGACUGAUAUUUUUCUUGUUGUUGUUCCCUUCUUUUUCCCUUUCAACGCCCACACGAUGAGUUUGUCCGUAAGCCCUUCUUGGCUGGAUCGCUCUUCUCCCCUGGACUCUUUUUCUUACACCCAUUCGUCCAUGCCGUCGUCGUCGUUGUUGUUGUCAUUACCCAAGGAAAUUCUAAUCGAGAUUAUAUCCAAAGUCGCCAGCAUUCUUACCGAUAACGGUGGUAUUGCUCCCGUAUCUCUUAUCGAAUUAUCCAAAACUUGUCGAUAUCUCCACUCACUCAUUCACACCGACAACGCCAGCAGUCCGACUAUCUGGCAACGCGCAUUCCGAGUACGAUUCGAUACUGCGGCCAUUCGCCGUCGUCGCAUUCAUCGCCAUUUUCAGUGGCAACUGGCUUUACAACAACGCUGUACCACUCUGAACGUCUGCCGUAUGCUGUCCCUUGACCCGUCACCCACCAUUACAGAAAAUGUGAUUUCCUGGAGCAUUGUCUGGGAUAUGAUCACAGAGCAUGAUGAAUUGAAUGUAGAUCAGCUUUUGAAAUAUCGAGUCGAACAAGCUGCAGGAUUGACGUUUCAAUGGGCGCGAUACCGCGGACAACAUCUUUGCUCGGUGGUUUUGCCUAUUUUAUCGGUGCUUGUGAAUUAUGAUUUCAGUGUCACAAGAUUUUUCAGAUCUGAACAUCCGGACCAACUUGUAUCACCCCAGUUGAGUUACUUGGCCUACAAUUUUGAAACGGAUGCUCUCAUUUCAAAGCACAUGCCCCUUCUUCGACCUUACCAUAUAUGGAAUAUACCUCACGAUUUGAUGGAAGGCGGCCUGAUGGAACGUAGAUCGUCCUCAGCCGCAGUCUUUACAUCCACCUCCCUGUCAUCACCAGCGUUACCAUUGCCACCGUCAGCAUCCUCUUCUUCCGCCCUCUCACCGUUUUCAUCACGUGUUUCAUCCUCUUCCGUUCCUUCACGGCGCUCUUCCGUCGCUUCCACUCAUGACCUUCCUUUCUAUCCAGCCCAAGAUCCAUUGGCCUCGGCUUUCCAUCUGUUUUUUCUCACCAUUUUUGCAUUUCAUCCUACUCCUUAUCAAGCCAUUCCUAAUUGCAUUCCGCUCCCGCUGUUUACGAUCCAUUCCGAGAUGUUUGACGUCGAGUUUUUACGUCGAUACGAACGCAAUUUAUUCUUUGCCAGUUUGAAAGAAUCGCGUGAAGCUUGGGAAGAGAAACAGUACAACACGCAAAUGCCAGUGCCUCAAGGAUUGCCCAACAUUUAUGCCGAUACCGGGUUUGCGUCUCCAAGCCACUUUGUGACGGAAGCUCACCUCAUUGAAGGUGAAUGGAUGGGCUACUACUCAUUUCUCGAUCCCGAUGACGUGGCGGAUCCCGGUCGCGAGAUUUUGGAAGAUUGGUUCGAUGGACCCAUGCGACUCACCCUCCGCAUCAUUCCCCUGGAUGAUAAUAGCAGUGAUCUGAAUUCCUUGUCCAAUACGUCGUCGUGGGUGUCGCGGUGGCUGGAUGAUCUUGAACCCACUGAUACUCAAGUACCUCGGAAACGACGAAAGCUUGUCGCAGCAGAUCGACCCGACCAUUUCCCUUCGAUGCAUUUGCGCGCUUGCCCGCUCACACGAUUUGAAGGAUGGGGAGUGGAUAAUCUCGGCAUCUUUACGGUAUCUGGACUGAUUGACGAUACCGAAGACGGACAAGUGACGUGGGAAAAGACGUACACGGAAUCCGGCGAAACCUGGGAGUAUUCUGGACGGUUCCUCCCCCCAAUGGGGAUGUGCGGUCGAUGGGGUGACGAUGAAUACGGCGGUCCAUGGUGGAUGUGGAAAGUCGCCACGGAAGAAACUCUACCUCAACCCGCCACGAACACGACCCUGGCCUCCACCUCUUCCUCUUCAUCCACUGUCGUCACAACCCUUGCCAAGUAAAUAAGUGACGCACUAUAUCUUUUUCCAUCAUUCAUACUUUCCCUUUUUUUUACCCCUACUGUAUUCAUGUUAUGUAUUAUGUGCUUGCUCUUCUGGUAAGAUAUAUUGGCGCAUCCACUCAUUUCUCCCUCCAAUAUCGCUUUAGUAAUAGAUCAGGUUUGGCAUUUUUAAUUUUCUCCCCAUUUCCCUGCUUUUUCCACGCUCAUUUCUAAAGCAUAUCAUUGCAUUUUUCAUCGGACGAACCAAAAAAGUAGACUACUACAGUUAUAGUUAUUUGCAUUCCUCAACCAAAAUUGAUACCUUGAUAAACGAAUGCAUCAAAGAUGGCGCCAAAAUGUCAACUACA